UGCUUUCCGUUGCUCGGCCAAUCUCCGUUCGUUUUCGCAGUUUCGCUGGUUCUUCGCUGCUGAUUCGUCAUACUCUCGCGGACCGCGGUUCAUCAUCAUCCACCUAAUCAGCACUUUUCUACGAACGUUCUCAGUUUCCACUCAGCCUCCGAUCGGUACGAUCGCUCAUCUCGCCACCCCAUCAGUGAUUUCAACUGUUUCCGUUCCACCAACCCGAAGUUAGCUUCCGACGCGGUUUGGUCCGUGAUUCGCAUUUAAACGUGCCUCGAAAGUGAUUCCGUGGCCAAUAGCCGGAUUUAUUCGAUCUUAACGAGGUAGCAAUUAAAAUUUGAUACGAUGAGCGAGAAAAAGAAGCCCGUCUACAUCCAGUACAUGUUUGGAGGUCUUUCCGGAAUCGGAGCAACAUGCGUGGUGCAGCCGCUGGAUCUGGUCAAGACGCGCAUGCAAAUUUCCGGCAUGGGAGGCGCGGCCAAGGAGUACAACAACACAUUCGACGCAAUCGGCAAGAUCAUCAAGCGCGAGGGAGCGCUGAGCCUGUACAAGGGGCUGUCGGCGGCGAUCAUGCGUCAGGCGACGUACACGACGACGCGGUUGGGUGUUUACACCUCGCUCAACGAUAGCUACAAGAGCAAAAUGAACAAAGCCCCGAACCUGCUCGAGUCGAUGGGCAUGGGCAUGACGGCCGGCGCGGUCGGCUCGUUCGUGGGCAAUCCGUGCGAGCUGAUUCUCAUCCGAAUGACGGCCGACGGCCGGUUACCGGUGGCCGAACGCCGCAACUACACCAACUUCUUCAACGCGUUCUUCCGCAUCGCCCGGGAGGAGGGUGUGGUUGCGCUUUGGCGCGGUUGUAUCCCGACCAUGGGCCGUGCGAUGGUGGUCAACGCCGCCCAGCUGGCGUCCUACUCGCAAGCCAAGAGCUAUCUCGUCAACAGUGGCUACUUCAAGGAGGGCAUUGGUCUGCACUUUACUGCCAGUAUGUUCUCGGGACUCAUCACGACGGCGGCCUCGCUGCCGGUGGACAUUGCCAAGACGAGAAUUCAAAACAUGAAGGUUGCCCCGGGCGAGGUGCCACCGUACAAGAACACCUUCGACGUGAUACUCAAGGUCGUGCGACACGAGGGCGUCUUCGCGCUGUGGAAGGGCUUUACGGCGUACUACGCCCGCCUUGGUCCGCAUACCGUGCUUACGUUCAUCCUGCUCGAGCAGCUGAACGGAGCGUACAACAAGCACUUUAUGGGUGGAGCAGGACCCAAGUCCGGACUGUGAGGCACUUCGUCGACAUUCGACAUCCUGUCAUCCCGUCCACGCGUAAUCACAUGCAAAAACAAUUCAUCCCAAGCGACGACGACGACGAAGACGACCACCACAACAACAAUCAUUCAACGGGCACAGAGAAACAGAAGCCACAAAAUCCAGCCAACAGUUGCAACUUUCUGAAAGCAUUUCAUAAUGUGUAUUCACUACUUUGCAUUCAUUUACAAAUAACUUUGUCUCAGAGCUCAGAGCAUUAUUUUUCGUUCGUUUUACUGUUUAGCAAAUUUCUCUGUAUAGAUUGUUAUUGCUUUAUUAAACUUUUAUGUUGAGAAUCAACUAA